UCAGUUAUCUGAAUUAAUCUCUAUAACUAUCAGUGUUGGUGUUUUGCAGAAAGAGUGAGAAAAGAAAGCAAGUCGGAAUAAUAAUGGUAACAUCAAAGGCUCAUGCAGCACUUGUAGCCAGCCCCGGCAUGGGGCACCUCAUUCCCAUGCUGGAGCUAGGCAAACGCCUCCUCACUCACCAUUCCUUCCACGUCACCAUCUUCAUCGUCACCACCGAUACCGCAACCACAACCUCUCACAUACUCCAACAAACAUCCAAUCUCAACAUCGUCCUUGUCCCUCCCAUCGAUGUCUCCCACAAGCUACCACCCAACCCGCCCUUAGCAGCACGAAUUAUGUUAACCAUGAUCGACUCCAUACCCUUUUUGCGAUCUUCCAUUCUAUCCACCAACCUCCCUCCUCCUUCGGCACUCAUUGUCGACAUGUUCGGUCUUGCAGCUUUUCCCAUUGCACGUGACCUCGGCAUGCUUACCUACGUUUACUUCGCCACCAGCGCCUGGUUCUCUGCGGUUUCCGUAUACGUUCCCGCUAUGGACAAGAAAAUGAUUGAACGCCAUGCGGAACACCACGAACCGCUUGUGAUUCCCGGUUGCGAAGCGGUUCGGUUCGAGGACACGCUGGAACCGUUUUUAUCGCCUAUAGGGGAGAUGUACGAAGGUUACCUCGCAGCGGCAAAGGAAAUAGUAACCGCAGACGGAAUUUUGAUGAACACGUGGCAAGAUCUGGAGCCCGCUGCGACGAAGGCGGUGAGAGAGGACGGGAUAUUGGGCCGGUUUACGAAGGGAGCGGUGUAUCCGGUUGGACCGCUAGUUAGAACCGUGGAGAAAAAAGCGGAGGAUGCGGUUUUAAGUUGGAUGGACGUGCAACCGGCUGAGACGGUCGUCUACGUGUCUUUCGGGAGCGGUGGAACCAUGUCAGAGGUUCAAAUGAGGGAAGUGGCGUUGGGGUUGGAGCUGAGUCAGCAGAGGUUUGUUUGGGUGGUGCGGCCACCGUGCGAGGGUGACACGAGUGGCUCGUUUUUCGAAGUAUCGAAAAAUGGCAGUGGUGAUGUGGUGCUUGAUUACUUGCCGAAGGGGUUUGUGAAAAGAACGGAAGGGGUGGGGGUUGUGGUCCCCAUGUGGGCCCCGCAGGCGGAGAUCCUGGGACAUCCUGCGACGGGUUGUUUCGUGACGCACUGUGGUUGGAAUUCCGUCUUGGAGAGCGUGCUCAACGGGGUUCCCAUGGUGGCGUGGCCGCUAUACGCGGAGCAGAAAAUGAACGCGUUUAUGCUGUCGGAGGAGCUUGGGGUGGCGGUGCGCGUGGCGGGGGAGGGAGGAGGAGGAGUUGUGGGAAGAGAAGAGAUAGCGGAGCUGGUGAGAAGAGUGAUGGUGGAUAAAGAAGGAGUUGGUAUGAGGAAGAAGGUUAAGGAGCUGAAAGUGAGUGGAGAGAAAGCCUUGUCUAGGUUUGGAUCCUCUCAUCAUUGGCUUUGUCAAAUGAACAAGGACUGUCAAGUUCAUGCGCAGGCUUCUGAGGCUGACUACUUAGGGACUGCUACUACCACUACUGAUGUGCUCAGCGACGUCGUUUGCUCUUGAUCUUUAAAUUAUCUUCUUCGGUUUGCUGUGUUCAAGGAUAUGUGUGACAGUGCAUGUUUUACAACUCAAGUCUAGGUUUAAUUUCUGCCAGAUAAAUGUUACGUUAAUAAAAAUUAAUUUGAUGUCAUAUUAUUAGUA